UGUUCUGCAAUAAGUUCUCAACUCUACCAUUGGAAUAUCUCAGGGAGCGCAAGCGCAUGACGAUUUUCGGUUGUCACACCAAAGCCCAUUAGGGGCAACUGUCCUUAUAUUUCACAGUCAACGUAGGAGGUGUUUGGAGGUGGUUGGUGACGAUCGGCGAAGGUCGAGGAGGACAAGGAGGACGAAGAUGGCCGGAGGUGGUUGGAGGUGCUGAGAAAUCGUAGGAGGUGGUAGACGCUAGUAGGAGGUGGUAGAGGGUGGUAGAAGGUGACCGGAGAUGGCAGGAGGUGUUCAGUGGUGGUAGGAGGCGGUAGAAACUGGUAGGAGGUGUUAGAGGGUGGUUGGAGGUGAUAAGAGGUCGUAGGAGGUGGUUGGUGGUGGUUGGAGGUGGUAAGAGAUGGUAGGAGGUGUUUGGAAAUGGUAGGCGAUGGUAGGAGGUGUUCGGUGGUGGUAGGAGGUUGUAAAAGCUGGUAGGAGCUGUUAGAGGGUGGUUGGAGGUGGUAAGAGGUCGUAGGAGGUGGUUGGGGGUGCUCGGAGGUGGUUGACGGCGGUUAGCGGUGCUCGGAAGUAAUUGGGGGUGGAUGGCGGUGAACGCGGUUACGCUUCUUCCCACGGCAAUGAUCGAGCUGAUCGACAUUUCUAUAUCGCAGCGGACAAGUAGUCUUACGUACUCACUUUGUACCGACUCAAUCUCAAGCUUCCAUACCGACACUACUUUGGCUGCUACGAAUGUCGGUGCGAGCCCGUUAGGUAGAGUUCAUAGAGCAAAACCCUCCUACGCUCCCAGUCCCACCUCGGUCCACUUGCCCGCCGAAAACUGGUCACAAAAAUUUACCGAGAGUUUCAGCAGAGAUGUCUGGUUGUUCGGCAGUUGGUUGUUCGAACAGAGGCGACAGGGGUUUUUUCAUGAAAAGCUUCCCACGGAAUCCCGAGAGGAGAGCACUUUGGGCAUCACAGACGAACAGAGACGGGUGGCAGCCAACUGACAACAGUCGAUUGUGCGAGGUACAUUUUGACCAGGAUCAAUGGGAAAAAACGAGGGAAGAUGGUACUCGGAAACUGAAAUGUAAUGCAGUUCCGACGAUAUUUGAAACCUCAAUUCAUUCUCCGCUACGUAAAAAGUGUCCUGAAGAGCCAAAAUUCAUUGCAACACCUAACGUGACUAGAUUGCCUGUCAAUCAUUCGGAUACCUCUACUGCAUUUAUUAAAAGUUUCAAUGUGCCGAACUCGAACCUCGAUGGGAAGACACUCGUGUGCUCGGCAGCCAAUUGCAGUAGCCAAUUUGAAGCACGUUGGUUAAAAUCAUUCUUCUAUGAAUUUCCACUACACGACCCUGUCCUUUUGGAAAAAUGGCUAACAGUGUGUAGAAAAGGCUGGAUCCCAUCUGCUCAAAGUGUAAUUUGCAGAAAACACUUUUCUAUGGAUUGCUUCGAUUCAAACAAUGGUUUGCUACUGAAAAAUAAUGCAAUUCCAAAUAUUCACUUGAACAAUGAUUUUGAUCUUGAUCCGAUCUGGGAACCACUCAAUGAUAAAGUGGGUAACAUUGUUGAAACUAAUGAAUCAGAAGACAAUAUUUAUUGCCGAAUUUGUGCGAGCAGCAAAAGUCAAAACUACUUUCCAAUAUUUGGGGAUUCUAAUUUGGCUGAGAAAAUAAGUAGAUGUUUGCCAGUAAUAGUCUUGCCCACUGACAAUCUGCCUCUGUACAUUUGCCAACAUUGCUUAUACUAUUUAAACGUUAGUUACAAAUUGAUAAUCUGUUCUCUAAGAGCUGAUACGAUCCUUCGAUCAAAGUUUGGCGAGUCAAAUACUCCCAAGUGGUACAAAAAGCCAACAAGAGAUGCAUCAAAAGUAUCUAAACAUAAAUCCAUGGAAAAAGAGGAGCCCAUAUUUCGGAUAAACGGUCCAAUAAAAUGUGACCUGUGCGACGAUUUUUUCGAAGAUAUGAAUAUGUUUGAUAGGCACAUAGAAACUUUUCAUCUUCUGAAAUGGCGUUGCAGUUUCUGUGAUCACAGCUUCGAAACAUCCCACGAACUGCUAGCCCACAAAAUGUUGAAUCAUAGUGGUAGAAUUUUAGCAUGCAAAAACUGUGAGAAGGUGAAGGUUGAAGAGAUUUUCUGCGACGCACCUGGCAUACUCAGUUCAGAAUCUAUGAUACCUCAAUUAGCCAGCAAUGUUGGGCACCUUGAUAUUUCAUUGCCAUUAAAUCUUAAAAAAUCUUCAGAACUAAGGAACAAUUUAUCAAAGUUAAACUGCACAAAGUGUAAAAUAGUCUUUGUAGAUGCCAAACAAUUUCGUACGCACCACAUUAUCCAUUUGCCUAGACGAGUCAAAUGUUCGCUAUGCCAAAGACGGUGUCAGUCUGUAUUCGAAUAUCUUAUGCACAAACGAGUAGCCCAUAACCAGUUGAAAACGAAAAUACCAAGCCCAAGAAAUGACUUACACAAUUGCAAAUAUUGCAAUAAAGUAUUUUUGAGGAAGCAGAAGCUUAUGAUUCACAUGCGAGUACACAAACAGGAAAUGCUCAACGACCCGUCAGUGACUGUUUACAAGUGCGUCACAUGUCCAAAAAUAUUUGUCGACAAGGUGCUAUAUCAAAAACAUCGCAACGUUCACGAUCCUGCGUGCUGGAACAGGUUCAGAUGCGAAAUAUGCUGCCGGGCUUUUGGGGAUCGAUUUAAACUGAAAUCACAUGAAACCAUACACAACGGAACCAAGCCUUACCAGUGCGACAUAUGCGGCCAUACAUUUAAUCGGAAUGCUAAUAUGAUCAGACAUCGCGCGAAGCAUUCCGAACAGACAUGUCGUUUCUGUGAUAAUGUUUUUAAAAGUAUGCAAAUUCUGAGGAAGCAUUUGAGAGAUGUCCACGGUGAGACUUUCAAGUCCGCAAAGAGGAAUUCUAAAGUUGAACAGGAUGGACGUCAGGGCAAGAACAGCCGCGAUGUGUUCAUUUGUAGAUACUGCGGUAAACAACUGACUUCUUACUAUUCGUUACUCGAUCACGAGCGAAUACACACCGGAGAUAAACCUUUUGUUUGUCACCAUUGCGGAAAAUUUUUCAGAAGCAUUACUGCCAGAUGGGAUCACAUGGUGAGACAUGAAAAAGGAAAUUACAUCUGUGAACUGUGCGGAAAAGUUUUAAGCAACAAGCUAAAUCUUAAGAGUCAUCUCAGAAAACAUGCAGCGAUCGAGCAGAGGAGAUUCGAAUGCAAGGAGUGCGGCAAGCUGUUUUAUGUUAGAGGGAGACUCGACGCGCACCUGGGGGCGAGUAAGGAGCGAGCAAGGUGGCGGAGGGGAGCGAACCGCGUCGCAGAAAGAGGAAGGGCGGGCGCCAUUGGCGGGCAUCGAAGGGGCAUCGACCGCCGCUUCGCCCCGGACUGGCAGUUCCCCUCACAGUCGCACCAAUACAGGCUACAGCCGGGCUCUAUAUCGCCGACCAUUGGUCCUCAAUUUGCCGACCAAUCAUUGGGAAAGUGCCGACGAAAAUAUCCAAUUGAGACGUCACCAUGGAGCAACUUGGCGAAGGCCAGACGGUCAUGGUUGGCAGCGGAGGAGCUGUUCAGGUUGUUCAGAUGGGUCAGGGCGGCCAGACGAUGAUGCUGCCUCAGACUAUUCAGGUCGCAGCACCUAAUGGACAGAUUCAAGUUGUACCCGUCUCCAGCCUAGCUGGGGCUGGGCAACAAAUAGUCAUCCAGCAGCCACAGACCCCUCAAAUUAUUCAAACUCCCGAUGGAC